AAUAUUUUAGGCAACAAUUAUCACGUACUCGUUCGAAAUAUGGAAUAUUCGUCGAAACUCACGUAAUAUGUGUUGGUUGCGAUUUUAUUUCGAUAUUGUUACGUUACGGCGAUAACGGGUACAAUAAAUAGUUCACGGCCAACUGAACUCGCCACUACAACCAUGAAGACCAUCGUAGUUGUGAUCUUUGCAUUGCUCCAGCAAGCAUUCUCCCAAUGCCUGCCAGCAGCAUCGUUGUGCCUCACUCCGCCGCCGCUGCCGACCGUGGACUACCUGCUGCCUCCCCUGGCCCCCGCCCCGCUGGCGUACCCCGCCUGCGCCUCGCCCCUGCCGGCCGAGCUGGCAGCGCUGACUCCGUUCCUGGCGUCGACUAUAUCGUCGUCGCUCGCCGCGUCCCUCCCCCCGCUGCUGGAGGCGGCGUUACCCACGGUACUCACGUCGGCACUGGCGGCAGCUGCUCCAUUGUUGGGGGCGUUACCGCCAGCUUUGCCCGCACCUACGUGCACGUAUGCGGCUCCCGCGCCCUGCACCUGCGCGUAUGCGGCCCCGGCGCCCCCGUGUGCGUAUGGAGCCCCCUCCGUCCUGUUCCUAUAAUGUAUAACUUUAUACGAACCCCCGUAAUUACAUAUUAUUAUUAAUCUUGUAAUACAUAGGUAAACGCAAAACUAUUUGUGAUGUUUCAUUUGUUUUAGCUGUUUACGAGUUAUGUAUUGUUUGGUGAAUAAAAUUUUCGUAAUACAUUA